AUGCACCAGGUUCCAUAUCGUAUCCGAGGUUCCAUGGCACGAGCUGGGGCCCGAGAGGGUACGGGAUGCAGUAGUUUCGAGGAAUCCUGCCGAUCGAGUUAUCUGAAGGACGGACCAGAUCGUGCACCCGCCAUUCCUCGUGAGGCCUGGGCUAUCGAGAUCGGCGAUUUGCGGGCGAUUCUCCACUGCGCUAGCGCCUCCUUCCAGGCUCUCCGCGAGUCUCCGCAGCGUAAAACGCCCGUACAGCGCCCAACCUGGCCUCAGUCGCCCCCUUAUUGGGCUGUGACUUCAAAAUAA